UGUGUGAUAUAUUAUGAACAAACUUUUUAAAGACUUUCACUUCUUCAAAUUAUGGAAUGUCGCAGAUAUAAUUCUGUGAAUGCUUUUAUCGAGAAGACUCGUGUUUUGUCUUUGAAACUUUGACGGCUUGCAGUGGUUUAUUGUUUAACCACGAGUCAAUGUGGUUGGUUGUUUUGAAUUCUUGCGAACCAAUCAUAUUUGAUAUUUGUGCGUGGUUUGGACAGUUGUGGGAUGAGACGAAGUUUGCAUUCUCCCACUUGUUGCUUAGUGAGUAUAACAAGUUAAACACUUGUGAUCCAGGUAAGACACAGCGACGGUGUUGAGAGCUCUCACGAGUAAUCCAACCUACGAAUCUUUGCGUUGUUGAGUUGAAUCGGUUAUUGAUUGGUCUUAGAUUGUUUCAACCUUAUCUUACCAUGGAGUUCAUCAGAGCAACGUAGUAUUCUGUCUUACUACGGGAAUCUCAAUUAUUUCCCUUUGGUUUAAUUGGCACUACAGUUCCCUACAUCUUCGCGAGAAAAGCAAGUGAAGCGAACGGGUGUGAUUGUUGCCGGAAUCGAAGUUUCUUCAUAUUUCUUGGUGAACUCAAUUUCCGUUUUGUUAAUUGACAUCAAAGUUUUCCCGGGAUGUUUUACUCAUCGCGAAGAGGCACGUCGUCAGCAACGCGAAAACAAACAUCGUUCGCUUCGAAAACAACAUCGAGUAAACACGAAGACGGCAAUAAGAGUGGGAAUGAGACAGACUGUGGUUCAGCUGAACUUUUGGAUAUUUCCACAUCCAGAGAAGAUUUGUCUCCCAGUAGAUGUAGCUGUCAAUCCGGGGGGAGUAAUGUUGCUGUCAGGAAUGAAGCCAGGGAAGCGAGCGGUGAACAAUUCUGGAGUGGAAAUUUAAGGUAAGGAUUAUUGGUAGGUUUCACAAAGCAUUAUACCGUGUUUGAGAUAUCUUUUUCAAGUAGUUCAGACACAAAUUAUUGUAGAAUACUACUUAAAAUUGGACUACCACGUUUGAGAUAUCUUUUUCAAGUAGUUCAGACACAAACCACGACAGCUUAUAUUGUAGUUUGUAGAAUACUACUUACACUGGACCACCACGUUUCAGAUAUCUUUUUCAAGUAGUUCAGACACAAACCACCGCAGCUUAUUGUAGAAUACUACCUACACUGGACCACUACGUUUGAGAUAUCUUUUUCAGGUAGUUCAGACACAAGCCACAACAGCUUAUUGUAGAAUACCACCUACAUUGGACCACCGCAUUUGAGAUACCUUUUUCAGGUAGUUCAGACACAAACCACGACAGCUUAUUGUAGAAUACUAACGUAUUUUUCUCUCAGACUUGAAUUCGACAACAAUGGCGGCAGUGAUGACGAACAACUCAAGGAUGAACUACUUCGAAUAUUUGACCGUGAAAGACUGGGUCUGGAAAGUUAUUUCAAACAGAAAACAGAGAACAUAUUGGCAGGAUAUCGCCGUAAGCAGUACGACUGGGAGGAGAAAGUGAGAUUAGAAAGGAUGGAAUAUGAAAAGACUUUGGCGCAGGAAAAAACUGAGGUUUGUACUCUUAUGCAGAUUCUCAUUGGCAUAUCUCAUUGUUUAGACUGGUCGGUUUACACUAUCAAAGUUUCUGUGAUUACAGUAUAGGGAUUUUGCAAUUGGUAAAUUUUAAGUUUUAAAGGAUUUGUGAGAAAUGUUUGAGUGGACUGAAUCAGUAUUAAUUAAGAAAUCGUGCAACUUGAUCUUAUGCUUACACCAAAGACAAAUUUUUCAAGCCAUUGUUUUAUGUCUACUUGAUCAAAUUCCUUGACUUUUAUGUAAAGGUUCAACAAAGCUACAUCAGUGAAAUGACGAACCUCACAAAACAAUUUAACCAAGAACGAGUCGAGUUAGAAAGUCAUUACAAAAAACAGAUUCAGGAGUUAUCCCAACAGUUUGAACUGAGGAAGAAAGAAAUGGACGCCACUAUUCUGAAAGAGAGAACUGAGUUGAAAGAAAGAUUAGAACUCGAGUAUCAGGCCAUGUUAAAAUCUCAGAAAGCUGCAGAGGAACAGAGGUGAGAUAUGUUGUUUUGUAUUUCCGUAGCUCAAGUAAUAUGUCGUGAGCACUUGGUUUUGUUAGUGUUUGGCAAGUUUUUAGCUCGCUAGUUGUUUGUUUUGCUGGCUGCACAAGCUUUAUCUAAUCCAUUGGUAUUUUCCAAGAUAUCACCUGCAAAUCUCAGAAACGGAAGAAAGCUACAAGAAGAAAAUUGUUGAACUUGAGCAAAAGUUAAAGGAUUCCUUCUCCGAGGGUGAAUUAUCCGGUCGGAGAUUGCAGUCUGAUCUCGAGGCAAAGUUUGAGCGCGAAAAAUCACUCGUUAUUGUUGAGUGGAGAAAGAGAGUGGAACUGCUUGAAGUCGAGUUGGGAAAAGAGAAAGUAAGAGCGAAUCAAGAGGAAAGAAAAGCUUGUGAGUCUGUUGGCUUUCUGAGAAAUGAGAUUUCCAAGAAAGAUGUCGAGCUUGAGAAACUACGCCAGGUAAAAUUUCGUUGUUCAAUUCAUUUUUUUAUAUUUAUCACCAAACACAAAUACUACAGAUAACAGUCAGAUUAACCUCCUGCACGACAGUGCAACAAACCACGACCAUGUUCUAAAUAGAAUUCUUAAUUUGCUCACGCGUUUAUUUCACAGGUUGUGGAGACGUUGAAAUUGGGACUGUCGCAGAAGGAGAAAACUGCAAAAGAACAUGAAAUGUUGCAGCAAAAUAUCUUCCUACGGGGAAGUGAUGCACUUCCUGGCAAGCUUCGAGAGGAUUUUGAGAAAAUGUUGGCCGCACAUCGCGAGGAGCUGGUAAGGAACUUUCGUAAGGAACGAGAGGGACUGGAAACUGAACGUGAGGCACGGUUAGUUCUGGAACGAGAAACGAUGGAAAAGCAACUUAAAGUGGAACGAGAAAGAUUGAAUUUGGAUUUAGAAAAAGAACGUUCAGAAAUGAGGCACGCCAGUCGAGAGAAAGAAGAUCGAGUCCGUCACGAAGUUCGAGAAGAGAUGGAGAGAAUGCGAGGUACGUUGGAAAGUGAGAAAGUGUUGUUGAGAGAGCAACUCACAAAGGAAAAGGAUGAAGCGUUAGUGAAGGAGAAACAAGCAAGAGUCGUUGAGGUAGCAAGAGAGAAAGAGAUUCUCACAGAACAAGUCAGGGCGGAGGUCAUGAAAGAAAAACAGGAGAUGAUUUUGAAGGAGAAGGAAGAAUUAAGAGAGAAAAUCCGAACUGAAUUGAUGAAUGAGAAACAAGCAAGAAACGACGAACAACACUCAAGGUUCGAUUCUCUGGAGCAACAAAGGAAUAAAGGUUUAAUGAAAGAGAAAGAUUUGAGAGAAAAAUUGCCAGGAAAAAGUGAAGAAGAAUUUGAAGCAAAUUUCGAGGGAAUUAAAAGUCAGCAAGGACGAGAUCAGGUCAUGGUGCGAGGUGACCAAGGACUGGGGCAGAAUCACGUGAGAUUUGAAGCUGAAGAAGCUGAGAGACGACGAAAUGGCCUGGGGCGAACUGAAUACGAAGUAUGGCUCGCUGGCCAGAGAAUGCAGCACACUAAACAGUGGGUUGAAGGACAGUAUAGGUUUGCCAGUGAUGCUCAGGGAUAUAUGGGGAACUCUGCAGAGGAUGUACAGGGUAAAAAUGGUUUGGAUAGAUAUGGGGGUAAUCGAGGUGAAGAUGGAAGUGACAGCGAAGAGGAAGAUCAGCGAUAUGUGGAUGGGAAGAAAGGAAAACAUGGGUCACGUAGUGAUAAUGAUGGAUAUGGGGAGGGACGUGACAGGAAUGAUGUGGAUAAUAAGAAAUGGAAUGAUGAUGGAUUAAAAAGACAGGGUAGAGGUGCUUUGAAGAGCCAAGAAGACUCUGGAAAUCACGAAGUUAUUUCACCAAAAAAUCAAGACCUCCUUUCAAGCGAGCCUGAUCGUCCUACAGAUAUGUCACGAGGCAAGUCAGAUGACAAAGAAUACAGUGUGCAAGGUUUGAAAGAAGAGAACGAAGGAUUGAAGGCGAAAGUUGGUGCUCUGCAAGAAAAUAUCGAGCUUCAUGAAUGUUUUAAGAAAGAAGCAAGCGAGGAAGUCCAGCGAUUGAGAAAUACAAAUAAAGAUUUGAAAAUGAAACUCGAGGGACUUAAAGAUACACUGAACGAUUAUGAGGAACUAAAGGGUACAUUGCAGGACUACGACGAACAAUUGAAGGAUUAUGAGGUACAACUGAAAGAUAACGAGGAAACGCUCAAGGAAUAUGAGGAUAUUUGUGCUGAAUACGAAAGAACUUUACACAAAUGUCGUCAGAGAAUUAUUGAGAUCGAGAAUGAUCAAACAUCAUUGCCUGUUUUUCGUAAGCCCAUAGAUGGUCGGAACAAGCCCGAAGAUAGACCUAACAAACUCGCAAAUAAUCAUAACAAGCUAGCAGAUGGUCAGAACAAGCCCGAAGAUAGGCCUAACAAACUCGCAAAUAAUCGUGACAAGCUGGCAGAUGGUCGGAACAAGCCGGAAGAUAGACCUAACAAACUUGCAGAUAAUCAUAACAAGCUGGCAGAUGGUCGGAACAAGCCCGAAGAUAGGCCUAACAAACUCGCAAAUAAUCGUGACAAGCUGGCAGAUGGUCGGAACAAGCCGGAAGAUAGACCUAACAAACUUGCAGAUAAUCAUAACAAGCUGGCAGAUGGUCGGAACAAGCCCGAAGAUAGGCCUAACAAACUCGCAAAUAAUCGUGACAAGCUGGCAGAUGGUCGGAACAAGCCCGAAGAUAGACCUAACAAACUCGCAAAUAAUCAUAACAAGCUAGCAGAUGGUCAGAACAAGCCCGAAGAUAGGCCUAACAAACUCGCAAAUAAUCGUGACAAGCUGGCAGAUGGUCGGAACAAGCCGGAAGAUAGACCUAACAAACUUGCAGAUAAUCAUAACAAGCUGGCAGAUGGUCGGAACAAGCCCGAAGAUAGGCCUAACAAACUCGCAAAUAAUCGUGACAAGCUGGCAGAUGGUCGGAACAAGCCGGAAGAUAGACCUAACAAACUUGCAGAUAAUCAUAACAAGCUGGCAGAUGGUCGGAACAAGCCCGAAGAUAGGCCUAACAAACUCGCAAAUAAUCGUGACAAGCUGGCAGAUGGUCGGAACAAGCCGGAAGAUAGACCUAACAAACUUGCAGAUAAUCAUAACAAGCUGGCAGAUGGUCGGAACAAGCCCGAAGAUAGGCCUAACAAACUCGCGGAUGAUCGUGACAAGCCCGUAAAUAGGCCAAACAAGCUCACAGAUAGUCGGAACAAGCUUGCAGAUAGUCGUGACAAGCUCGCAAAUAGUCGUGGCAACCUCGAUGAUAGUCGCAACAAGCUCCCAGAUAGGCCUAACAAGCUUGCAAAUGGUCGUGACAAGCUCGCGAAUAAUCGUGACAAGCUCGGUAAUAGUCGUAACAAGCUCCCAGAUAGGCCUAACAAGCUUGAAGAUGGUCGUGACAAGCCCGAAGAUCGUUGUGACAAGCACGCAGAUAGACGUGAACAUCCAGAAAGUGAUUAUAAAGGUCCUAAAGAAACAAAAUAUCAAGGAAUAAUGGAUGAUAACAGUGAUAAUAAUGGAUACGUGAGGUUACAAGACAAACCUCGUAAUGAAAUGGUAAGUAACAAUGACAUCAUGUACUAAGAUUGGCCAAAUUUAGGGUCCCCUGUAACUCUAUAAGCAAUGUUUGUGAGAUUUGCAAGUGAUAUAAAACACUGAUCACUUUUAUUUCAGAAAGCCGAUCAGAAUGCCGUUAGAUAAACUAAACAUUACAUUUUCGCCUUUUAGAUCGUGGACAUUCUUGAGAAUGAAAGAGCUAGAUUAGAACAAGUUGUCAAAAGUUUGGAAGCGAAAAUUCAACUUUUGGAAAUAAAGAUUUCUGAAACAACUCUACAUAAGGUAAGUACUUCAUCAAAGAUAUUUAACUGUCAUGUGCUUAUGCUAAAAAUAACAACAGGUACUGUAUUGCUUGUACGAGGAUGGUUAAUACCCUCGCCCUGUGUCGGCAGUAUACUAAAUUGAACUUUUGUCUUCUCAAGUAAAACAUAUUUUGAUUUGAAGGCGAACACCGACUCUACUGCCAAGUUAAGUUCAGAUUUGGAGAGAGUCCGCAGACAGAACAAAUGCUUGGUCAAUAAAGUGAAGACCUUUCAAUCUCAGUUUCAGACAAUCGUUGAGAAACUGCGAAAAAAGAAGAAAAAAGUAAGUAUAUACAAUUCUGUGGAAACUAUCGAAGUCCUUUGUUAUUAGAGUUGGUUUGACAUUUUUUGAGCUGGGACCGUCAAUUAUUUUUUUGUGGCUCACAAUAAAGAUGGUUUUUUAAAUAUUCUUUUAUGUGCACAUUCUUAUGCAAUUUCAAUCAAAGACAAAACGCAGACGGCUUAAGUUGCACAUAAAAGAUUGAAACACAUUUGUUUUAUAAAUGUGAUUUCUGAGUACGUCUCACUAAGCACUAUUAUACAGCAGGUCAACGUGAAGUUAUCAGAGUAAGAAAAUCUUUCUUUUUACAAAGUUACAGCAUAAUUUCCUUUCUCCUAGAAGCAUUAGUACUUCAAAACACCAUCUUUCCCCUGAAGGGCUUGCUAUAAAACCGUCUAUUGUUAUAUCAAUAACAUUUCGUUCUUUCUGUAACAGAUUGCAAACCUUAAAGAUGAAAAUCAGUCGUUGAAGUCCAAUCAUCAAAGGGAGAUCAGUGACUUUCAGCGUAAACUGGAAUACUCCAGUGAGGUUAUCACUCGUUUACAACACGAGUCGAGCAGAGAGUCGAGUCAUGUCUCUCGUCUUAAAGAAGAAAUUUCAAAUAUCAGUAAAGUGAUGAAGGAUGAACGAGUUUAUGAACAACGCAUGAUUAGAGCGCGGAGUAUUGAGGAGAUCAGAGAUCUGGAUCGAGAUAAGGUUGAUUUGGAACGGAAGUUGAAUGAUGUAAGGACGGCAUUGGAUGGCUACUCUGACAGACUCAAGACGAAGGUAAUAUUUCUAUAUUAGUUAAUAUAUCUUUAAUGAUUAUUUUAUAUUUAACAAUUUUAAAUUUGCUUUUUCACUUAUUUGGUAUUUCACAAUUUCAAGUUUGCCUGUUCUUGAGACAAUCAUAUUACUUUCUGGAGCGUUUUCCCGCCCAUAAAACGCAAUAUUCAUCAAGAGUUUCAAACAUUGUUUCCACCCUCACAAACAUUGUUUGAAAAUUUCAAUGCUUCCUCGAAUCUUUGAAGAAAGCAAUAAACGCAACCUCGUACACAGCCUAUUUUCUCUUCUGCCUAGAGGCCGGCGUGGCAUAUAAAUAUGCAUGCAUUGAAUAGGGAUGACGGUGCCUAUUUGCCAGAGGAAUACAUACAUCUUAUUGGCAGGUGACGUCAUCCCUUGGGUAUUUAAGAAACCACGAUUGGAACUUUAGAUCACCCCUGAUGAAGACACUAGACUGGAGUGUCGAAACGUUGUGUCUUCAGUGAUUAAAAUUCGACUGGACUUUGUAUUCAUUUAUUUAGACCAGAGUAGAGAGCGAAAGAACAAACUUUUUAUUCUAAGUAUUAUUUUUAGAUGUCUUAUUCUCAAACAACGGGCAGUCAAGUUUCUUUAAAUACGGAGACGACGUUGGUUCGAGACCUGCAGUUGUCCAGUACUUUGCAAGCCUUAGAAGACACUCAGCGAACAUCUCGACAUCAAAAUGAAAGAUUACAACACGAGAAAUAUGAACUGCAGACAUUAAUAUCAAAACUUUGCAAGUCACAAGAGGAACUCAGGAACACUGAGGGAUCUCGUACUUUUUAUAAAGAACCCUUAUCGUCACAUUCUUCCUCGAUGUCAUCGCUAUCUUCGUCUUCUGCGUCUUUACUUGGAAAAAGUGGACUGGGAAGCACUAAAUUUUCAAGAACGUUUUCAAUUUUUGAUUGACUUUCAUUUAUAGAAAUAAUAUAUAGAGAAUAAUACAUGGGUGCGCGGAAAUACCAGAUUUAUUCCAUUUGUCGAACAUGAGAUAUCAUGAAUCUGGCAUUUCCAAGCACCCAUGUAUUUUUCUGUUUAUUAUAUAAUAUUUAUCAGUGCUCGAAAUAUUUAACGCAUUUUGAACUUUGGUUUUUUGGGGGUUUUUUCAAUUCUUAAAUUUUUAAAAAAAAAAUUUUUUAAAUCCUGA